AUGAAGAAAGGCCCUGCUCUCGCAGGUGACCUCUGUGCACUCCAUGCAAGGGACUCUGAGCCUGUCUGUCAGGAAUCUGGGUCCCCCCACAAGGCGUCGAUGAGAGUCUUUGGCCUCAAGUACAAGCUGCCAAAUGUCACAAUCACGUACAGUCCCCUAGGCUCUCCCCCGCGCAAGCGCGCCCAAGUUGCCUCCAACCGCCUCCCAGCCCCCGACACUCCUGCCCCCGAGACUGCGGUAACCGAGACGCCCGAGAUCCCCUCAUCCAGUACCCCUCCGUCCGUCAGACUGGCAAGGCUGCGCGCCCCCCGUCCCACCGACCCGGCAGUUGACAAGGAUGAUCAGAUGGAUAGGUCGCCGCCCAUCAAACGCCUUCUGCUUGACAUGCGUGAAUCGAAACAGCAAGCACUCGGCCUUAUCGACAGCUUGCUCUAUGACAUGGAAGCGGGAAUGGCGCCGACCGUCGCAAUGGCCGACUUGCGAAUGUUGACCGAGGACGAGUGCCCUGAGGCAUUGACAAUCCUUGCCCGUCUCGACGUCAUGAGGAGCGGCGCACGGGAUGUCGUUUAG